AUGACUGCUGAUGUAACUUCCGGUGCUCAGCAUGCUUACGUACAAAGCAACGGAGACGUCAAUUUGUUAGUGUGCGGUGUUGCUUCAACUUUUUGCCUAAUGAAUGUCGGCAAUUUCCCCUUCGAUAAGCAAAGAUGUGACAUGAAGUUCAUGUCCUACAGCUUCUUAAGUCGCGAACUUCAACUCAACAGCCAGAUUGCAGAAAAACUCAGAAGAUUCCAUCGUGUAAGUGAUGCCUUAUUUCAUGUUGUACGUCGAGUCGCCUGCUGAUU